CAGCAGGCAGGCUCGUCGGUCUCCAGUACCGUAACACCAGUAUUGUUUUUUAUAGUUUUAUGUAUUUAGCCAGCAAUGGUGCAUAUAUCAAAGUUAUUGACAAAGGUACUCGGUCCAGUGUUAUAGUGCUUUAAAUAAAGUGUAGUGCCUCAAAAAUAGACUCUAGGAAUAUGGAAAACAGCUCACAAUCAUCUACUAACCCCAUUUCUCAGGGGUGUGGCCCAAAUACCCAAAUAAAUGUUCAUGUGAGCCCCACCACGGGGGGCGAUUUUUACCUGAGCGUGGAAUCGGACAUUUCAAUCGAAAAUCUCAAAAAACUCAUAUCUAAAAGACUUAAAGUGCCGAGAGACAGAAUAUGUUUACUGUUCAGAGAUAAGCAAUUACAAGAUGGAAAUUUGGUUCAACAUGGAAUAUCUGAUGGGUCUAGAAUUACUUUAUUACCAAAUGUUGAAACAGGACUCAUAACCCAGCGUCCUGAAAUCGGAAUAAUGCAAGCCCUAGAAUCUCUAAACGAUACCCAAGUGAAUGAAUUCCUGUGUGGUAAAGCACCGCUCAAUCUCAGUAUGCGUUUGGGAGAUCACAUGAUGCUCAUCCAGCUACAACUCAGUACCGUUUCGGGUGUUAAACCGCCCAACUCUCCCACGCCCGCAUCUCCCACGCCCUCGUCCUCUUCUACCAUUCCCGGAGCAUGUACUGUUCCCCAAUCAGCGAAUCCACCCACCAACCCUCCUAGUCUAUUGCAGGCCUCGCGCAACCUGCAGCACACACUUAGAAGACUGUCUGCUGAUGUGUUCUCUGGAAAAGAUAGAGGCCGUCGAGAAAGUGUCUAUUCCGGAACCUUCAGCGGAGCUUUAAAUCCAGCUUUACAAGAUCCCAAGGGUCGACCUCGACGCGACGUUGCCACUAUCGUACACAUUCUUAAUGAUCUCCUUUGUUCCGUACCGGAACUUCGUAGGGUUACUCGCAAAGGUUCCGAAGAACCCACCGCCCACGUCCCCGUCGAACAGCAAGACGAACCGAUGAUAACCACGUCGUGCAGCGAAGAUCAGAACCUGAGAACUCGCGGCAAGUUGGAACACCUCAGGCUCGUCAUGGGUGAGAGACGGGAACGUAGGAGACAACGUAAACAGAAACCUUAUUCGCUACCUCAGAGUGACACUGACACUGUCACCGCAUGAAACACAGCUUCCUUGUACAUAGGUUAUUAGUUUUUAUUUUCGAGAUGGUGAAGCUGAUGAGAUAAGGGGGGUCGAAGUAACGUACGUGACGUAGGUAAUAGCGUUUUAUUUAUUCUUGGGAUUCUUUUCAAAUAGUAUUCACUAUAAUAAAUUAGCAGCUGUUUGAGAGUUCCUACUAAAUUUAGAGAUCUUUAAAAUUUAAAAUUUUACAUGUUUUUUGUUUAUGUUCCAAAAUGUUUAAAAAAAAAUAAAAAUAUAUAGCAACAGACAACUCCUUAACAUAGCCUGAUAGUUUGGUAAGUUAAAGAUUCUCUUUAUGUCUAGAAGUUUCUCUCUAUUUUUGAUAUUUCUUAGUGUCGGACCGUUUUGUGUUCUAGUGUUCAAAAUAGUAGACUGAACAAAGUCUUCUGGUUGUUGUGUAGGUCCAUAUUCGUCUUCCAGUGGCACUAAAGUCCAAAUUGGGAAUCUGCCUUCUGUAACUUCUACUUCAACAUUGCCAAUCACGCUCCAGUUGCUUUCAAGCUUUGGAGCCCAUUAGAUUUUGUGCUUUCACUAUCACUUCACUCUUCCAUCUUCUCCGUGGACUCUCAUUUGCCUUGUAUUUUUUUGUCUGGAGUUCUUUUUGGCAAUAUGUCGUCAUCCAUGCUAC